AUCAACAUCACCACCAGCACAGGCACCAGCACAAGCACAAACACCAGCACAAGCACAAGUGCCAGUACCGCCCGAAGCACCAGCAUAAGCACCAGCACCAGCAACAGCACCAGCAUCAGCAUCAGCACCAGCACUAUCAGCAGCCCAAGCACCGGGUCCAGCAUAAUCAUCAGCACCACCACCAACACCACCACCAGCACCAGCACCAGCCUGAGCACCAGGACAGGCACAAGCGCCAACAGCAGCACCAACAAUAGCACAAGCACUGGUACAGGCAGCAGCACAAGUGGCAGUACCGGCCAAAGCACCAGCAUAAGCACCAGCACCAUCACCAGCACCAGCACCAGCACCUGCCUAAGCACCAGACAGGCACAAGCGCCAGCAUCAACAAAAGCAACAGCCCAUGCACCAGCACCAGCACCAUCACAGGCACCAGCACUAGUACAGGCACCAGCACAAGCGCCGCAGCCAGCCCAGGCACAAGCAGAAAUAACAGCAUCAGCACCAGCACCAGUACAAUUACAGGGUCCAGCACUUAAAGCAGAACCAGCACCAGCACAGGCACCAGCACAGGCACCGGCACUGGCACCGGCACUGGCACCGGCACAGGCACCAGCACCAGCUCCAGCUCCAGCAACAUUACUGGUACAAGAACCAGCACAAGCGCCAGCACCAGCACCAAAACCAGCACCAGCUUCAGCACUAGUACAGGCAUUAGGACGGGCACAAGCGGCAGCAUCAGCGAAAGCAACAGCACAGGCACCAGCACCAGCACUAGCACCAGCACCAGCACCAGCUAUUCUACUAAUUCAGGCAGCAGCACAACCGCCAGCACCAGCACCAGCACCAGCACCAGCACCAAUAUCAGCACCAUCACCAGCCCAAGCACCGGGUCGAGCAGAAGCAUCAGCACCACGACCAACACCAGCACCAUCACCAGCACUAGUACCAGCACCAACAUCAGCACCAGCACCAUCACCAGCCCAAGCAACGGCUCCAGCACAAGCAUCAGCACCACCACCAACACCAGCACCACCACCAGCACUAGCACCAGCACCACCAGCACCAGGACCAGAACCAGCAACAGCACCAGCUCCAGCUCUUUUAAUAGUACAGGUGCCAGCACAAGCGCCGCCAGCAGCCCAGUCACAAGCAGAUACAACAGCAUCAGCACCAGCACCAGUACAAACACAGGGUCCAGCACUAACAGCAGAACCAGCACCAGCACAGGCACCAACACAGGCACCAGCACUGGCACCAGCACAGGCACCAGCACAGGCACCAGCACAGGCACAAGCACAGGCACCAGCACAGGCACCAGCACAGGCACCAGCACAGGCACCAGCACAGGCACCAGCACAGGCACCAGAACCAGCACAAGCACCAGGCAGACGCACAAGCACAAGCACAAACACCAGCACAAGCACGAGGAACGGUACAAGCACCAGCACCACAAGCACCAGCACAAGCACCAGCACCACCACCAGCACCAGCACUAGCACCAGCACCAGCACUAGUACAGGCACCAGUACAAGCGCCGCCACCAGCCCGGGCACAAGCAGAAGCAACAGUAUCAGCACCAGCACCAGCUCCAGCGCCAGCUUCAGCACUAGUAGAGGCAUUAGGACAGGCACAAGCGCCAGCAUCAUCAAGAUCAACAGCACAGGCACCAGCACCAGUUCUUUUACUUGUACAGACAGCUCUUUUACUAGUACAGGUAGCAGCACAAGUGGCAGUACCGGCCAAAGCACCAGCAUAAGCACCAGCACCAUCACCAGCACCAGCACCAGCACCUGCCUAAGCACCAGACAGGCACAAGCGCCAGCAUCAACAAAAGCAACAGCCCAUGCACCAGCACCAGCACCAUCACAGGCACCAGCACUAGUACAGGCACCAGUACAAGCGCCGCCACCAGCCCAGGCACCAGCACCAGCAUCAGCUCCAGCUCCAGCACCAGCACCAGCACAAGCACUUGCACUAGUACAAGAUACCAGCACCGUCACUAGCACCAUCACCAGCACCAGCCUAAACUCCAGGAUAGGAACAAUUGCCAGCACCAAAGCCAACACCAGCACAAGCACUUGGUCAAAGACAAGCAGAAGCACCACCAUCAGCAUCAGCACCAGCACCUUUAAAAGCACCAGCUCAGGCACCUGCACUAAAUCAGGCACCAGCACAAGCACCACCAACAGAACAAGCACCAGGACCAAUACCACCUACAGCAGCAGCACAGGCACCAGCACCAGCACCAGCUCCAGCACCAGCACCAGCACAAGCACUUGCACUAGUACAAGAGCCGGCACAGGCAUAAGCACCAGCACAAACGCCAGCACAAGCACAAGCAAAGCUACAGGCACCAGCACCAUCAGCACCAGCACAAGCACCAACAACAGCACCAGCUCCAGCACUAAUUUAGGCACCAGUACAAGCACCGCCACCAGCCCAGGCACAAGCAGAGGCAACAGUAUCAGCAUCAGCACCAGCUUCAGCACUAAUAGAGGCAUUAGGACAGGCACAAGGGCCAGCAUCAGCAAGAUCAACGGCACAGGCAAAAGCACCAGCACUAGCACCAGCACAAGCAGCAGCAUUAGCUCUUUUACUAGUAAAGGCAGCAGCACAAGUGCCAGUACCGGCCGAAGCACCAGCAUAAGAACCAGCACCAGCAACAGCACCAGCAUCAGCAUCAGCAACAGCACUAUCAGCAGCCCAAGCACCGGGUCCAGCAUAAUCAUCAGCACCACCACCAACACCACCACCAGCACCAGCACCAGCCUGAGCACCAGGACAGGCACAUGCGCCAACAGCAGCACCAACAGUAGCACAAGCACUGGGUCAAGCACAAGCACCACUACCAUCACCAGCACUAGAACCAGCAUCAGGCUAAGUACCAAGACAGACACAAGCGGAAGCAUCAGCAAUAGCAACGGCACCAGCAGCAGCACCAACCUAAGCACCAGCAACGGCCCAAGUACCGGCCAAAGCACAAACGGCAGCCACAACACCAGCACCAGGACCAGCACAGUCACCAGCACCAGCACCAGCUCCAGCACCAGAACCAGCACAAGCACUGGGUCCAGAACAAACACCAGCACUAGUAUAGGCAGCAGCACAGGCACAAGCACCAGCACCAGCAGAAAGACCAGCACAAACACAAGCAACGGCACAGUACAGGUACCAGCACAAGCGCCACAACCAGCCCAGGCACAAGCAGAACCAACAGCCUCAGCACCAGCAGCAGUUAAAGCACCGGGUCCAGCCCUAACAGCAGAACCAGCAACAGCACAGGCCCCAGCACAGGCACCAGCACAGGCACCAGCACAGGCAUCAGCACAGGCUCCAGCACAGGCACCAGAACCCGCACAAGCACAAGCACAGGACCAAUACCACCUACAGCACCAGUGCAGGCACCAGCACAAGCACCACAACCCGCCCCAGCAAUACACCAGCACCAGUACCAGCUCCAGCGCCAGAACCAACAAAAGCACCGGGUCCAGAACCAUUAACAGCACCAGCUCCAGCACUAGUACAGGCACCAGCACAGGCACCAGCACAGGCACCAGCAGAGGCACCAGCACAGGCACCAGCACAGGCACCAGCAAAGGCACCAGCACAGGCACCAACACCGCACCAGCACAAGCGUCGCCAUCAGCCCAGGCACAAGCAGAAGCAACAUCAUCAGCACCAGCACCAGUACAAGCACCGGGUCCUGCACCAACACCAACACCAGCAAUAGCACUGGGUCAAGCAGAAGCACCAGCACCAGCACCAGCAGGAGCAGGAGCACUGGGUCAAGCACAAGCACCAGCACCAGCACCAGCAGAAGCACCGGGUCUAGCACAAGCACCAGCACCAUCAUUAGCACCAGCACCAGCACCAGCACCAGCACAAGCACAAGCACAAGCACCAGCAGAAGCACCAGCACAAGCACCAGAACCAGCAACAGCACCAGCUCCUGCACUAGAACAGGCACCAGCACCAGCGCAAGCACCAGCACAGGCACCAGCACAGGCACCAGCACAGGCACCAGCACAGGCACCAAUACCACCACCAGCACAGGCAUCAGUGCCAGCAUCAGCACACACACCAACACAAGCACAAGCAACGGCACAGGCUCCAGCACCACCAGCACAAGCACCAGCACAAGCACCAGCACAAGCACAAGCACAAGCACCAGCAGAAGCACCAGCACAAGCACCAGAACCAGCAACAGCACCAGCUCCUGCACUAGAACAGGCACCAGCACAAGCGCCGCGAUCAGCCCAGGCACAAGCAGAAGCAACAUCAUCAGCACCAGCACCA